CGGCUCCUCCGGGCGGACGCCGGGGCCGGACCCGGCCGGGAUCCCGCCCGCUCGCCGGCUUCCCGAGGCGCGGGCACCGGGGCGCAGCCCGGCCGCUCCCCGAGGUUCCCGAUGGAUCCGGAUGACCCCUAGGCCCGGAAGGACUUCAAGAUCCCUCUGCCCCCACUGACCACAUCGUAUGGGCGCAAGGACCAUGGCACAAACCCUCCUCAGGAGCAGCGGCCGUUCUGCCUGGUGAUUGGGCCCGGGGCCUCAGAGAGGGGGGCGCGGGCCAGGACCGGGUGUCCAUGCCCGGGUGCGGCCGCGCCCCCUCCCAGUCCAGCCUGGCAUCCCCGAGGCUGAGGUCACCAUGUGACGCUGCACCGCUGCGGUGCCUCUGGUCCAUGCUCCGGGGCCUGGCCCGCGCUGCCAAGCAUGAGGCCACGGCCGGAAGGGGCGCUGCGGGCGGGGGCCACGCUGUCGCCCCUGUUGCUGCUGCCGCUGCUACUGCUGCUGCUACCGCUGCUGGGGCACCUGUGGGCCGCAAGCACACCUGCCCCAACCUCCUCGCCACCUGGGACUCAGCAGGACAACCAGCUGGGCCGAGUGAAGCGCGGCUGGGUGUGGAACCAGUUCUUCGUGGUGGAGGAGUACACGGGGACAGAACCCCUGUACGUGGGCAAGAUCCACUCAGAUUCUGACGAAGGCGACGGGACCAUCAAGUAUACCAUCUCUGGCGAGGGUGCAGGGACCAUCUUCCUGAUCGACGAGUUGACAGGCGACAUCCACGCCACAGAGCGCCUGGACCGGGAGCAGAAAACCUUCUACACACUCCGGGCCCAAGCUAGGGAUCGCGCCACCAACCGCCUGCUGGAGCCCGAGUCAGAGUUCAUCAUCAAAGUGCAGGAUAUUAACGACAGUGAGCCGCGCUUCCUACAUGGUCCCUACAUCGGCAGUGUGGCAGAGCUGUCGCCUACAGGCACGUCUGUGAUGCAGGUGAUGGCCUCGGAUGCAGAUGACCCAACUUACGGCAGCAGCGCUCGGCUGGUGUACAGCGUGCUGGAUGGCGAGCAACACUUCACAGUGGACUCCAAGACAGGUGUGAUCCGGACAGCUGUGCCCGACCUCGACCGAGAGAGCCAGGAACGCUACGAGGUGGUUAUCCAAGCCACAGACAUGGCAGGCCAGCUGGGUGGCCUCUCAGGUUCCACCACAGUCACCAUCGUGGUUACUGAUGUCAACGACAACCCACCCCGCUUCCCACAAAAGAUGUACCAGUUCAGCAUACAGGAGUCAGCGCCCAUCGGCACGGCCGUGGGCCGAGUAAAGGCCGAGGACUCGGAUGUGGGCGAGAACACAGACAUGACUUACCACCUGAGAGAGGAGAGCGGCAGCGGAGGAGACGCAUUCAAGGUCACCACGGACAGCGACACUCAGGAAGCCAUCAUAGUAGUACAGAAGCACCUGGACUUUGAGUCACAGCAGGUGCACACAGUGGUGCUGGAAGCCCUCAACAAGUUUGUGGACCCCCGCUUCGCCGACCUGGGCACAUUCCGAGACCAGGCAAUUGUGCGCGUGGCCGUGACCGAUGUGGAUGAGCCCCCUGAGUUCCAGCCACCCUCUGGCCUCCUGGAGGUGCAGGAGGAUGCGCAGGUGGGCUCCCUGGUCGGCGUGGUGACGGCGCGGGACCCCGACGCCGCCAACCGGCCCGUCCGGUAUGCCAUCGACCGUGACUCGGAUUUGGAGCAGAUCUUCGACAUUGAUGCAGACACUGGUGCCAUCGUGACUGGCAAGGGGCUGGACCGUGAAACCGCUGGCUGGCACAACAUUACUGUGCUGGCUAUGGAAGCAGACAAUCAUGCUCAGCUCUCUCGGGCAUCCCUACGGAUCCGAAUCCUGGACGUGAACGACAAUCCCCCGGAGCUGGCUACACCCUAUGAGGCAGCUGUGUGUGAAGAUGCCAAGCCAGGCCAGCUCAUCCAGACUAUCAGCGUGGUGGACAGAGACGAGCCCCAGGGUGGACACCGCUUCUACUUCCGCCUGGUACCAGAAGCACCCAGCAACCCUCAUUUCUCUCUUCUGGACAUCCAAGAUAACACAGCUGCGGUGCACACGCAGCACGUGGGCUUCAAUCGGCAAGAGCAGGAUGUGUUCCUCCUGCCCAUCCUGGUUGUGGACAGCGGGCCUCCCACCCUGAGCAGCACGGGCACGCUUACCAUCCGCAUCUGCGGCUGUGACAGCUCCGGCACCAUCCAGUCCUGCAACACCACCGCCUUUGUCAUGGCGGCCUCCCUCAGCCCCGGUGCCCUCAUCGCUCUCCUGGUCUGUGUCCUCAUCCUGGUCGUGCUGGCUCUACUGAUCCUCACCCUCAGGCGGCACCACAAGAGCCACCUGAGCUCGGACGUGGACGAGGACAUGCGGGACAAUGUGAUCAAGUACAACGACGAAGGCGGCGGCGAGCAGGACACCGAGGCCUAUGACAUGUCAGCGUUGCGGAGCCUCUACGAUUUCGGGGAGCUCAAGGGAGGCGACGCGGGCGGGGGCGCAGCCAGUCCCCCGCAGGCCGCUUCAUCCUCCGAGCGCCACUCGCUGCCUCGGGGACCGUCCAGCCCCGAGCCGGACUUCUCGGUGUUCAGGGACUUCAUCAGCCGCAAGGUGGCGCUGGCGGACGCGGACCUGUCGGUGCCGCCCUACGACGCCUUCCAGACCUACGCGUUCGAGGGCGCGGGCUCGCCCGCAGCCUCGCUCAGCUCGCUGCACAGCGGCUCCACCGGCUCCGAGCAGGACUUCGCCUUCCUCCGCGCCUGGGGCCCGCGCUUCCGACCGCUGGCCGCCCUCUAUGCGGGCCACCGCGGGGACGACGAGGCCCCCGCCUCCUAGCUCCAACCCUGGCGGCCCCACCCCGACGCCGCGCCGCGACACGCCCACAGCGGGUGCCGCUUGCGAGGACCCAGGGGUGCGCGCUGAUGACCAACGUCAGGAGAAGGGAGGGGAACCCGGCCUGCGAGGAUCUGGGCUUGCACAGGACCGCGGAGGGGGUGCCCCGCGCUGGGAAAUGACCUGGGAGGAGAAAGCGGAGGAGGGCGCUGCUGCCGUGCCCGCCCCCGAGGCUUUCUGGCAUCCAAGUAAAGAUGAAGGAAGGGCUGUUCAUUUACUAAGCACCUACUGUGUGCUGAGAGCUACCCAGAGACCGACUGCAUUGUAGAAGCUGUGAGGUGGAGUUCCAAAGGUGCCAGAUGGGAAACACGACCCUCCCCCCGCCCCCCAGAGAAGUGCUGGUGACUUGCCCAGGGACACCCAGACAGCAAGUGGUGGAGCCUCUGGCCCUGACUGGCUGCCUGGCCUUGGACAAGUCACCUCACCUCUCUGGGCCUCAGUUUCCUCAUCUGUCAAAUGAGGUUAAUAACAGCACCUACCUCGAAGAUUUGAGAGGACGAGAAGGGUUCGUGCGUCAAGUUGUUGGGCAGUGCCUGGCACAGAGUAGGUGUUCAAUAAAUGCUCGCCUUUGUUACUAUCCUUAUCCUUGCCGUUACGUUACUACACGGAGCGUGUCUGAGCUCACU